AUGUCAAUGAGGUGGCGACAGAUGCAGACGGAUGAGCAGCAGACUCAACAUGAUUGGAAGGGCCCGUACUCGAUUAUUAAAGAACUUGGGUCAGGAUUGCAUGGCCGCGUACUUCUGGCUUUUGACGAGCGAUUGCAGCGCGACGUCGCUAUAAAGCUCCCUGCUGUUUUCAUAAUUGACGCGUUGACAACUAGCUGUGUGAAUGUCACCGAUCUGGAGAGUCAAGUAGCUUCUAUUCAGCACGAAUGCAAUGCGAUGCGACGUGUGCUGCACCCCAACGUAUUGCCGAUGUACCAGUUAGCAUCCGGCAAGAAAGGAAACUAUGAGUAUAUUGCAAUGAUCACAGAGUAUACACCAAAUGGAGACCUCUUUGACCUAUUGGAGAAUGCUGGAGCGCUUCCCGAACCAUUGGUUAAAGUAUACGCAUGUCAACUGUUGCGAGCAUUGGAAGCGUGUCAUGCCAAUGGUGUAGUGCACCGAGAUAUCAAGCCGGAAAAUUUACUUCUCGAUGCUAAUUUUCAACUCAAACUUGCAGAUUUUGGCGUCGCAGCAAUGACACAAUUAGGAACAGAUGCAACCGGACUUUACUCCCGAGAUGUGAGCGGCACGGCGCUGUAUAUGGCACCGGAGGUCAGGACGAGACAAUUAUACCGUGGAACUUCUGUGGAUGUGUGGUCAGCAGGUGUUGUCCUAUUUAUCUUGAUGACUGGCCUGCCGCCGUUCAAUGAAGCACAAAAGGGAGACGCGUGGUACGACAGUCUCCUAAAAGGAGACUUAGAACACUUUUGGGGCUCACAGCCUGAUGAAGUUCGGCAAACCAUGACACCGGGUGCGCAAGACCUCAUUUCGUUGAUGCUUGUUGCUCCUGACAAUCGCAUCACGGUUUCAGAGGCCUUGCAGCAUUCAUGGCUUCGUGGUGCAGAUUAUGUGGAUUCACAUUUAAUUCGUGAUGCAGUUUUAACUCAUCUUGAUGCGGCACUUGCUGUCAAGAAGAUGGGAUUGAAACUUUUUGGGGUCGAUGAGGACACCGAUUUAUUUAUCAAUUGCAAAAAAAUGUAG